CAACCGCGCUUUUCACGUCAGCUAGCCUUCGCUCUUUUUACUAAGAAAAAGUUCUGUAGGAAACCCCAAGUAAGGUCAUCAGUGACUACACUUUCUACUCUGAAUUCACAAUUUAAAAAUGAAACAGGACAUAAUGGUGAAAUCUAAACAAAUCUGUCGGUGGUACUUGUAUGUUAAUUUUUAGUGACCCGGUAAAUGUUCAACCAUUAAUCUUAAGUAAGUAACGCGUGCUCUGUUUUGAUCACACAAUAGCGCUGCCUGGAAGCGCUGAUAGAAUCUGCUCGUCGCGAUGAAAAUAAUUUUGGAUUUUCUAACUCGUCUGUGGAUUACUGUCGUGAAUUAUUUAUUUCCCAAAAAGAUAAAGGAGAGAAAAAGAACGCUGUCGAUUGAGGAAACUAUUAUUUCAGAGCAAGCCGCUUUUCUGUGUCAGAAAUACAUCGAAGCAAGAUUCACGCGAUCAAAUCUGUGCUACUACAACCCGAAGAGCCGGAAGAGAGACGGAGAGCCCACAAUUGCAUGUCCCGAGGAUGUAGUCAACACAUUGAACGAAAUGGGCGCUUUGCUUGAGAAAAGCUACCCAAAACUCUAUAACAACGUUUUGGAUCAACUAAACUGGCGGAUAAACCUUGCUAUUCUCGUUUGUAACAUGUUCAAUCGCGUCUCCGAGCAAAUUAUAGCUUCUGGCGUGAACUGGGCUCGGAUUAUCGCUGUUUACGCUUUCGCCGGCGCACUAGCCUACGAUUUAACACAGACAGGAGACACAAGAUUCAUCCGUUGUCUGUCGAGGUGGAUGGGUCAUUUCUCCGCCAGACGUUUGAGUCCAUGGAUCAGACAGAAUGGAGGAUGGAAAGGCCUUGUGACACAUUUCAAGGAAGAGGAACAGUCAUUAAUGGGCUCGUUAAGUAGAUGGCUUUCAGGGAGUCAACCAAGAAAGGAGCAACCAGAGUCUGAAACAGCCUCUUCGAGAGGUUCAGGACACGAAUACAGUAAGGGAAGGAGGACCAAAAAACUUAGUUCAGUUUUAGUGCAAGUCAGUGGCAACUUCAAAGUGAACCUCUAAAUGAAUGGAGCGCGAAUUUUCAAAGACGAGUGUCACUUGCACCAAUUGAAUGGCACGGUGAUAUCAAUCAAGUUUUGAGGUCAGCGGUGGAUAUGAGUCGCCAGCACAGGGAAUUUUACCAGUUUACGUGGUUAAGUAACGGAAAUGCAAGCUAUCAGAUAUUCCCAUUUUGGCGUUUGUUUCCCGACUUGAGAUUCUUCUGCCGAGGGCGGGUAGUAAUUACUCAUACAAACUUAGUACGUCUAAUUUUCAUUGACGUCUGGAAAAUUUAAAAAAAUAUAUAACCAAAAAAAGGAGGCUUCGAGUCAGUGGACUGGCGUCAACUUAUCUUCCCGAUUUUGCACAUGAAGUUUGUUUUCUUUCUCUAGCGCAAACCGCUUGAUUCAGUCUCGAAAGAACUCCCACGAUGGGCCACCAGGCACUGUAAUUAUGGGCUACUAAAUUAAGUUUGGUUAGCUUUGCAAACAACGAAUUUCUUAUGUUUCAAGUCAUAACUACAAGUCUUUUUCUUACCUUUGUCAAAUCACAGCAUUUCUUGUCAUUGAAAGGUUCUUUAACCAGCUUUGUUUGCGAACCAUGUGUUAAUAUUUUCCAUGUUUCUUACAUGACAUUUCAAAUCAAAAGAAAAAAGACAUUUGCUGCCCUUAUCGAGAACUCACUCAUACUGGAUUGAUAACAAUGGAGUAGUAGGCGUUCGAGUUGAAUCCAGUUGCAAAAACUCAUUCGACGCUAUCAGUCUUUCUCAAGCCUCCGUCUGUUACCCGUAUCCAGAGGAAUGAACGCUUCUCAAGGGAACCACGAUUCCGUAGCACUUCCCGUCCCGCUCGCGCUUCGCUCUCUAGGAAAGCCCUGAAAUGCUGGGGAGACACUUGGCGAUUUUAUUCACCGAUCGCGACGUAAAUUGUCGAUAUUUGACACGCCAAAUAUCGGCGUCUAAUAUCGCUAAGUAUGUCGCCGGCUCAUGAAAGUCCCGCUUGACACUUAGAAGGCGGUUUUAGGGCGUUCCAUUAGAAAAUUCGGCCAACAGACGCGCGCUUAUCUUUCCCCGAGAUGACUUCAUAGGAAAGUGUACCAAGGAACAAAUACCCGCGACAAAAAUCAAAGGAAACAACUUUAAAGUUUCCCACAUUUUAUUAUUUGCAUCAUACAACAACCCA